UCCGCGGCGGCAGCGCCAUGCGUCUCGUGCUGCAGCGUGUCGUGAGCGCCUCUGUCUCUGUCGACGGCGCCGAGGUUUCGACCAUCGGCCGAGGUCUGCUGGCGCUCGUCGGCCUGCACGAGGAGGACGGCGCCGAGGACUUGCUGUACUGUGCGCGCAAGCUGUGUGGCGCCAAGCUGUGGGAGAACGAGAGCGGCAAGAGCUGGCGCCAGUCUGUGCGUCAGAUGGAGUACGAGAUCCUGCUGGUCUCGCAGUUCACUCUCUUUGGUGAGGUGACAAACAAGAAGCACGUGCCAGACUUCAAGGCCUCGAUGAAGACGGCGGAGGCCACGCGGACGUACCACGAGUUCAAGGCGCUCGUCGCGCGCGAGUACGGAGGCGAGGCGCGCAUCAAAGACGGAGUCUUUGGCGCGAAGAUGGCGGUGUCCCUCGUCAAUGACGGCCCGGUCACACUCGUGGUGGACUCGCCGCGCCACCGCGCCGAGAGGGAAGCGGGCGCGCGCGGCGAAGAGCCCGACGAGAGGGAAGCGGAGGCCAAGGCCUAACGCAGCCGACAGUCGACAGUCCGCGCUGCUCCCCUGCAGCUGCACGCUGCAGCUUGUGCGCGAACACUUUUUAUCUUUAACGCAUAACGGGUGUGGCGUGUGGGGCGAUCGCGCGUGUGUCGAUCGGCUGGACGCAGAAAAGUUCGAAUAUUCACGCUAUACACAUAUUA